UGUCCUCCCACUCUAACCGCGCAAUCGGUGGUGCACUGUGUCCCUGGGACACAGUGGAUCACUGAUCAACGGAAAGAGCUGAUAACGUCAGCUCUGUCAUGUAAUCAGCUGUGUCCAAUCACAGCCCCUCGUGAGGCGGUAAUUGGCAUUACUCAGAGGGGACAUGUACCAGUUUGCGCUGAUGAUCAGUGUAGCUCCAUCAGUGCCACCUGUCAGUGCCCAUCAAUGCCACAUAUCAUUGCCCAUCUGAGCUGCCUUUCAGUGCCGCCUAUCAGUGCCAUCUAACGGUGCCAGUCAGUGCCGCCUAUCAGUGCCAUAUAUGAGUGCUGCCUUUCAGUGCCCAUCAGUGAUGCCUAUCAAUGAC